CAUCAGGGAAGUGGAGUGUUUUAUGUAGCUGGGGCAAAACAAGGGAAUUGUUUUUUAAGAAAGCCUCUUAAAGGAAUUAGUCGCACCGCAGUGAUGUCCUGCCUGGGUUACUAGUACCCUUGUUAAGUUGGUUAACCGAGUGUUAACUUUAACUCAAGUUUUAUUCGAGACUUUAGCACUACGCAGAGGAGAGGUAAUUAUUACGACAUAAACGUGAGCUUCCUGAGGUGAAGCUAGGUAACCCAAACCACCAGAGGAGGAACACAGUGCAGGAAAAGGUUAACCAACAGAUUGGCGUGGUUAUCAUUCUAAUAUCUCGGAUUAACUUUGGGUCCAUUUUAACGAGACUUCCACGAUGUCUCUGGCCGACCAGAGCCAGACCUGGUUCCCUACGAGUGUCCAGGUAACGGUGCACCAGGCUCGGAACCUGCGUCCCAAGGGCAAGAAUGGCACCAACGACGCCUAUGCCAUCAUCCAGGUGGCCAAAGACAAGUUUUCUACCACCGUGUCGGAGAAAUGCACAGCUCCGGUGUGGAAAGAAGAGGCUUCCUUCGACCUGCCGCUCUUCCACCCGGGAAACGCCGACCGGUGCACGCUGUAUAUCAUCGUCAUGCACCGGGCUCAAGUGGGGCUCGACAAGUUCCUGGGUCAGGCUGUGGUGAACCUGCUGGACCUUCAUGACAACAAGUCCAGCAAAAAGACUGAUUGGUUCAAGCUGGUGGACAAGAGUGGAAAAGAGGACAAGGUGCGAGGAGAGGUGCUGCUAGAUAUCCAAUUCAUGAGGAACAACAUGUCAGCCAGCAUGUUCGACCUCUCUAUGCAGGACAAACCACGCUCGCGCAUCUCCAAGCUGAAGGACAAAGUCCGCGGGAAGAAAAAAGAUGGUUUCUCCGACUCUGCCUCAGCUAUUGUUCCCUCGGUCAGCAUGGUCCUCACAGACAGCGAGGGGGAGGCUGACGCACAGUCACUCAACCAGUCUCCAGGAGUUAAAAAGAAAUCAAAGCUCAAAAAACUUUUUGCUCCCAAAUCAAACUUGCAGAAAAACAUGUCACAGUCCAUGUCCACACUGGGGACUCUGCCAGAGAAGAAUUCAUCUCUCAGCAGCAGCCGCUCAUCCGGCCUCAAUGUAGAGUCUCCUGAUGUCAAAAGGAAAUUCAAAUUCCUGGGACACAAGCGGACAGGCAGCUCUGACAGCAAGGUGUCUCAGGGUGCUUUCUCCCUGCUGGGUCGCCACAAGCACAGCAACAGUGACAUAAACAGCACGUGCAUCAACGGCAGCCAUGUGUACGCCGAGGACGCAGAGCCCAAGAGUGGAUCCACUCUCAGUCUAAACAGCUCAGGACAAGGAUCUGUGGAGGAUGUACGCAAACACUUCUCGGAAGUCCCUGUAGAUGUCCCCUCCUACAAGCAAGAGUCAGACCAGAGGGCAAUACUGGAGCAACAAUGCCACCAAGAGGAGGAGGAGAGAAGGCAAUCAGAGGAGAGGCGCAUAGCAGAGGCCAAGAGGCUGGAGGAAGAGGAGAAAUACAAGAUACAGCUCAAGAGACUGAAGGAGGAAGAGGAUAUCAGAGUACAAGAGGAACGGGAGAGGAAGAGACGCUUCCUCGAGGAUGAAGCGAGGAGGAAGGAGGACGAAGAGAGGAAGAAGCAAGAGGAAGCAGCAGAAGUACAGAGGCUUGAAGAUGAGCGUCACAAAGCCGAGGAGCAGAAGCGUCAGGAGGACGCAUCCAUGAGCGACCGCCUGUCGUCUCUGUUCGGGAUGAUCAGAAAGAAGGAGGAGAAGAAGGAAGAGCCACAAACUACAGAGGACCUUCCAUCAAAAUCCCCUCGCAGCAUCUCAGAAGAUCCUGAGCAACCGAUCUCCCACCGCUCCACCAACCCGUUUGAGGACAUUUCCCUCAGCUCAAAUCCAGCAGAUAGCACAAAUGAAAGCCCAGCGGAUCCUCUGAAGUCCAGCCGCACCCCACAAACCCCCUCCGCCAUGGCCUUCCUCAACCGCACCGCUAAAGUGUCUGCAGUCAAACCCAGAUUUACUCCAUCUCUAGAGUCUGAUCCUGCUGACUGCCAAACCCCCAGUCAGCUGUGUCCUUCCCCAGAUACCUCUGAGACCACCCUCUCUAGUGUCCCAUCUGAGUCUCCUGAUACUUUUUCCAGUCUCCACUCAUCCUUGGCUCCACCCAACAUAAGCCAAAGCCCGUCUGGUUCUCCUCUGGGCAGCGUAGAGGAUUUGUCCUCUGUUGGAUCUUCACCCACCAUGGCGGAUAAGAAGAGAAGAGCCCCUGGCACACCCUCGUACUCAGGACAUGGGAGCCAUAAUGGAGGAAGUAUCGCUCCUGUCAGAGAGAUCACAAACCCUGCAUACGUAGAGGAGGAGAGGCCGCAGCAGAGCGGAAAAGUAUCCCUACCACUUCCUGAUUAUGAAAGCCUAUUUCCUCAGAAGAGACACGGAGUGCAAGGACAGACUCGAUGGGACCAUCUGAUCGCUGAGGUCAAUCAGAAACACAGGGACAGUGCAGAGAUGAGUGUGGAUGGUCCAGAGGAGCACCGGCCCAGUGUAAGGGCUUCAGUCCCUCAGGAGAGCGCUGCAAGUAGGUACUUUCAAUCCCGAUCUAAGGAUACCAAACCUAGUUCAUCCAAAAAAACAGCAGCCCCAACUCCCCCUAAAUCAGUCGCACCUCCAGAACCUCAAUCUGUUGCAGAUUCUCCUCAACGACAGAGUCAGCGUACUGCUCAGCAAUAUCCUGUGAGGCAGAAUCUGCCUGCAGUGCCAGAGAUUGUAAACACAAACAGAGAAAGUCCCUCAGUGAUGUCCAGGGAUGGGCCAAGGAAGGUGUUGCACCCAUCAACUGCAGCAACACAUGCACCCAGGCCCGCCAGCCAAAUGGACUUGCACGCACCAUUAAACGAUCAAAGACAUGUCGGCGUGAACAAUGAGAUGCCCACAGCCAAACCCAGACAGAGGGCUAGUGGAAGAGACUCAGUGCUGCAAGAAGAUUCUGCUGCAACACAUUUAAAGAGUAACCUUCAAACAUCAUCUCGUUCAAGUAUGAGCAGCGUGGACACAAAAGGCAGGCAAGCAACGGAGAAUUUCGACCCAUUCCCCAGUACUGAGCUUAUUUCCAAAGACCCGUGGGCUCCGCCAAAGGGACUCCAACAAGAAGAUCUUUUCACCGGCAGUGUGCAAAAAGAGCCGAACUUUGAGGAUUUGGGAAUGACACCAGACGAUCUUGAUUCAAUCUUUGGUCAAGAGAAACUUUCCGAUCCAUUUGCUGACUUUAACGGCAGUGGUUCUAACAAACACAGUGAGCUCAUUGAACAAAAAGAAGAUCCGAAGCAAGUCAAUCCUUCUUUCCAGAGAAAGAAUUCAAACAGAGGAAGACGAACUCCUCCGUCUACUGCCCUCUCUGUUGAUAGGUCUUCUAUGUCUCUACAAGAACCCGCAUAUAAAGCGGAGACCACCCAUCAAAGCCUCUCCGCAAGAGGUGUCAGGAGCCAGUCUAUCACGCCGAAACUUCCAGCCGAGGAAAAUACACAAAACACAUUUUACGGAGGAGAAGAUCAAUUUGGAGCUGAACCGUUUGCCUCUGCCUUGAAUACCUCAGAACCCCUUCAGGUGGUUAUGGAGGAGCCAUCGUCUCAGGAGGAGGGUUUGUCUGGGGGAAAGGCACCUUUGCGAGCAUGGGUCUCCCCGUCUGAUGUUCAGUCUGUCAGUGCUCAGAAUAGCAAUGGAGGUGGGCUAGCUUUAACUCCACGCAGGCCUCAUCCUGUGAAACCUAUGAACUUGGAGAGCCAGCAACCAAUCAGCACCCCUGCUGGGAAAGCGAUAAAGACCCGUGACAGCACACCGGGGAAGACCCAGGUGGCGUCCUCGGUGCAAAGUGGGCCGUACACUCAGCUGACGCAGGAGGAGUUGAUCACGUUGGUGGUGAGGCAGCAGACCGACCUGUCCCGCAAGGACUCGAAGAUCGUCGAGCUGGAGGAGUACAUCGACAGCUUGCUGGUCCGCGUCAUAGAGGAGAAGCCCAGCAUCCUGCAGUCCCUCACUAAACCAGUGUAAGGUACGGCUGGAGAAGGAGAGAGUCUCACUUAAGGGCGCAGUUAUGUUGGUUCUGUUUGUCACUGUGAGACACAAUCUCUACAAAGGUCUUAGAGCAUAUGCACUUUCUUAUUUCAGAGCUAAUGUCCAUUCAAAAUGCUGGAAAAUUGUCUCCAAAAACAAUCAAAUUAAGAUCUUUAUAUGAGCUGUCAUGACACUAAGGUACUGGAAUUUGCUUUAAAAACCGUGUUGCUUAAAAAUCUAUUCAACAUUUGGAUUCAUUUACUAUACUUGAUGAAGCUUGACUUGAUUUAAUAUACUAUGCUAUAUAUGCUGAUGAAAACUAUUAUUUUUUGUAUAUUAUCUUGCGUUUUUUACUCUUUACACUGGACCUUUGUGUAACUUAUUGCUGUGCGAUGAUUGAUCAUUUACAUAAACAACCAUUCCAAAUUCAUGCGCCAUCCUAUUGUGUGAGCGUAAUAUUACUCUUGUAUAAAUUAAGAUCUAACGAGCUAAUUAUUUAUAUUUCAAGGGUACAUUGGCUUUCCCCUCCAUUCUUGAGGUCUUGUUUUUUUUUUGUUGUUGAUUACUUUUGCCUUGCAUGUGCUUUUUUUACCUACCUAAAUACUACCAUUCCCCCCACUUUUAACUCACCACAGUUGAAUGUCAUCAGAGCAUCCAGUCCUUAACUGUGCCUAUUCUUGCUUUAAAAAGGGCUGAUUAAGAAAACAGCAAACAAGCAGCUGCUUUUUAGUCUACAUAGUUAGAAUAACACAGCAGGUGAAGCAUCUCUGUGUGUGUGUGUGUGUGUGUGUGUGUGUGUGUAGGCUGUGCACAUUUUAAAAUAUUAUGCAAGUGAUCAAACUCUUCUAAUAAUAAUAAUAAUGUGAGAUUUUGAUCACUGUGAUGUUUGUGUUGUAAAAUGAAACCAAGAGAUAAUCAAAGAGGAACUGUAAUAGACUUUGUGUAAGUAAUAACCAACCAGCCUUGUCUUUGUAAAUGAACUACACUAAUAAAUAAACAUCUAUGCCUUUUUAUGACACUAUUAUUUUAUGUCUUGGCAGCAAAGACUGCAAUAUUAAUCUUGAGAAUGUACAGAGUGCCUUUAAAACCUUUUUCAUGACUCUUAUGUCUGAUUUGCUGGAUUGAGAGAUCAAAAAUGUACAGCCCGACGUAUCGAAAGACGAUAAUACUACAGAUGAUGUAAAGACUUUCUGAAAGAAAGAAGUGAUGCUGAGCAAAAAGCGGUUUUAUUUAAAAUAAAGACACUCAUUAUUUCAACA